UCGGCGGACACAGUGAGCUGUAAGGGAAGUGACAAUCACUAAGUCUCUGGAUUGUGUUUUCUUUACGGGUUUCGAUGCUCAGGAUGAUGAAAGGGAAAGAUUCAGAGGAAGUAGAGAUUGACUUGGAGGACUCCAGUGACUCUGAAUCUGAUAACGGGGAGGAACCUGAGAUGCUGUGGAAAGCCCCUCCUGCUCACGAAGAAGAAGAAGACAUUCAUACCACCACACUGGUGGAAAUCAGUGAUACUAAGCCUCUGAAUGUCAGAGACCCCCGUGAUAUAAAUGACUGUCUCAAGGUGACGUUUGAGGAUGUGAUUGCUGAACCGGUGUCGGUGCGCAGUGGGGACAGAGUGUGGAUCUGGAGUAAUGCCCUGUUUGAGGUGUCCAGGGUUUGGAUCUACAGGAUAGUCACAGUGAUUCUGGCAAUUCCCAUUUCAAUUAUCUCUGGACUCCUCUUCGCCAUCCUCAGCUGCUUCCACAUCUGGUGGUCGGUCCUUGCAGCCACUGUCUCCGCAUCGGUGCCCGCUGGCUGCAGAGCCUAUGGAGCAUUGUGCUGUCCGUCGUUGUGCGCCCCUUCCUCACGAGUGCUGGGCGAUGCUGUGGAGGCUUCAGCAUUCACCUGGCCAAGGAAUGAGACUCACACAUCCGGACUGGGAUUGUUUUUUUAUGUAAACUGUUUUCCAGUGGACUGAGCCACAGUCCACUGGAUGUUUGAAUCUUUAAUAGUCUAUUCAAAAUAUUUUUUUUUAUAAAUAGUACUUUCUUAAAUAACUUACAGUGGUUGAUUUGAACUUUAACGAUGAAAGUGAUCGUUGUUGAUAGUAAUGCAGCUCUAUGAUACCAUAGUGGACUAUUGUCUCUGUAUUAAUUUUUGAUUUUUGAGUGACUUCAGCAUACAUUUUUGUGCAAAUUGAUGAAUGUAUCAUCCUUUUUAUUUUAUAUUGUUAAAUGUGUUUAUUUCUCUGUAGAUAAAACACUUAUUAACUGAGUUUUUAUCUCGCAGUAUGGCAACUCCUUAUGGCAGUAUGAAUCACAACAUGAGCCUGCUUUCCCCUUGAGAAAAAUGUGUACAGUGUGUGUGUGUGUGUGUGUGUGUGUGUGUGUGUGUGUGUGUGUGUGUG